ACACGGCAGAGCGUCGGAGCCGUGAGGGGAGGGGGAAGGAAGACACCGGGCACGGAGCCGCCGCCGCUCCCCUCCAUCAGGUAACCGGGGCCGGGGGGCAGUGCCGCGAGCUGCUCGGGGAGGCCGGGGCGGGCGGCUCGAGGAGGCAGCGGCGGCGCUCAGUGAGGGCCCCGACUGAGCGGCACCGGCCCUGCCUGUUCCGCCACAAAGCACCGGGCCCCGUUCCCGGCCCUCCGGCCGGGGCCGGCACCGAGCAUCUCCCCGCCGCGGCUACAACUUUCUGCCCGGCCCGGCCGCCGGUUUCACUUCUCUGCCUUCCGCGUCGGGGCGGCGGCGGCAACUUUCCGGGGCCGGUUCCUGCCCUUCGCCGCGUCGGCCGGCCCCUCUGCGGGGCGGGCGCGGCGGCGGGGCCUCGCGUCAGCUGUUCGCUCCGUUUGUUGUCAAGCUGCCUGCGCUGCCGGCAGCGCCCGGCGGCGGCGCCGGGGGCCGAACCGGCGGCGAUUGGCUACGCGCCGUCACGUGACUCCGCGAGGCCCGGCCCGCCCCCGCGAGGGGCUUUGUGUGCGGCGGGGGCAACGGCCGCCGUGCGACGCCGAACCGCGCACGCGUGGGCUUCCCGCCGCCCCGCCAUUUGCCCCCGAGGGCGCUGAGGGGAGCGGGGCUGGUGCGCGGAGGGUUCAUCCGGCCGAGCCUGGCAUCGCAGUCACGAGGCGGUUCUGAUGAAUGUAGCAUACUGUUUGAGUUUGCUUCUCUUUGCUUCUGGCUACGCACGGUGCUUUCUGGUCACGAAUUGUGCAUAUAGGCAGAGGCUGGAGGCUGUGCUCUGCUUGAUUUAAGUCACAAAAGUCACGCUGGAGGACUGCCAAAUCUCAGACCUGCUGGGAGACUGUUUUCAGAUGCACCCUCGUGUGUGAGCAACAGAAACCUGAGAAGAUGGGAAGAGGAAGCUUAAGGGCCUGUUCCUGAGAUGAGAAAGAUGAAGUUUAAGCAUGGUUCCAGAAUCUGAGAUGCGGUAGAUGAUGCUGAAGCAGCACUGAGGCUUCUGCAGUAUCUGCAGUCCAGUGUGUGCCUGCUGGCUCCCCUAAACACACACGGCCCCGUGUCUUCAAGAGUUGCACUCUGAGAUGAGAGAACACUGACUUAAUUUUAAAAAUGUUAAUAAAAAACUCUUUCCCUUCUUUAUUGUUUAUGAAGGCAUACAGAUAAGGUACUACAAAUACCGGCCACAUAGUGCUUCCAGUGUUUGGAGCUCUGCGUGCACACAGUGGUGAAAUUUCAGUUGUCAAAUGUCAGCUCUUUGACAGCUGUUGCUCAGUGUUGUCAAAAUCAACACUUAAAGACAGGUGGAAGUGUGGGAGCACUCUGCAAUAGGAAUGCAUACAGCACGCAGCCACGGCGCUCGUGUUUCCUGUCUGUCCAUGCACUUACUGGGAGAAGCAUGCAGGCAGGAAAUGUUUUAUGUUAUGACUAAGGAUAUGUAUCGAGGUUUGUACCAUCACAGCAGUGCGCUGGCAGCAAGCCUUACUAGCUGGGUAAGGCUGUCUAUCACUCUGAGUCGUCUUCUAAAGGUGCUUUCAAGGGUGCAGGCUGGUGGUGGUGUUCUGAGUGCUGACUUAGGGCACUAAACGUGAGUGCUGUCACUUCACAGAAAUACCCGCCUCUUUCAAUUGUGUGGAUUUGACAGGUACUAAUGGGAUAUAAAGUAAUUAAGUGCACCGCUUUUAUUUGGGAUCCAUUAAUGUAAUCUUAUGACUUGUCUUUGGUCAUUUGUAUGAGGUCAUACAGUAGUGUUGCUUUCUGAGGUUGUAAACGGCAAUGGAAAUUGGUGAGCUCUGCACUAAUGGAUGUUAUUCCCCCCAUCUGUAAAACGGAUGAAUGGGUCUAAGUGCACUUGUUCUGUGUUUGCUCUUCCCCUGGCUGCAGGACCUCAAGUUUUAAUGUUUCUUCAUUCUUGGUUGUUUCCUUUAAGAGAGCCUUCCACUGCCUAGAGUGAUUUUUUUUUCCCCCCAAAUCAUUAAUGUAUGUAUAAUCCUAAAUAGAUGCCGACACCUUUCGUAUGGAAAGUGAAUACUAUAGGAAAAAGAAAAUCACACUUCUCUUGGCUGACUUUGUACACAGCUUGUAUAUAAGGUGUAUGAGUCCCGGUGCCAUUUUCAAUAGGAUUCCACAUGCCCUAUUUCCGUUUUCCCUACUGAAAAUUGCUUUGCUUUGGUCAGCUGUGCUGCUGCUGUUUUCUCCAGUGUGGAGAGAGGAGAUGCCACAGAGUUCAGGAGCUUUACAUAAGGGGAGAGCAGCAUAUGCAUCGUGUACCACCUUUGCUGGUGUUACAAGUGAAUACUGUCAUAUGCUAUAUAUAUGUACAUACUGCCAUGGAGAAAAUGUGGGGGGAAUAAGCCUGAAUUAAAAUUCUCUUCUCUAAAUUAUAUGGGAGGGAGAAGUGGUUCCUUGUUAGUUCUCUUUAAAAGUUCAUGAUCAAAUGCAGCAUUGGAGACUGCCUCACAAGCAGUCAUUUUCUAACUUUUCUACCUCUUACAGCUGUGAGCAGUAAUGCAGAGAGGAAUGCAAGGUGACCAGUCUUCAGCUGGAUCCUUAUCAGGUUGCUGAGAUUCAGCAGGAAUUCCCUCAGCCUUGUGCCACCACAGAGUACAUCUUUGUCCUUCUGUUAGGAUCCAUGUCCCACCAGAAGCUUCUUCACCAUUUCAUUUCUUAAUGAGGUCCUGACUAUUAACUUACAUAAGCUCUAAAAAUGGGAAGAAUUUUUCUGGAUCACAUUGGCGGCACUCGCCUGUUCUCCUGUGCAAACUGUGACACCAUUCUGACCAAUCGUUCGGAGCUCAUCUCCACUCGCUUUACAGGGGCCACGGGGAGAGCCUUUCUUUUUAACAAGGUGGUAAAUCUGCAGUACAGUGAAGUUCAGGAUCGGGUCAUGCUCACUGGCCGCCACAUGGUUCGAGACGUGAGCUGCAAGAACUGCAACAGCAAACUGGGCUGGAUCUAUGAAUUUGCCACUGAAGACAGCCAGCGCUACAAGGAAGGCCGUGUUAUCCUGGAAAGAGCUUUGGUCCGAGAGAGCGAAGGAUUUGAGGAGCACGUUCCAUCUGACAAUUCCUGAAGAGGCUUGAAUCUUCCGUCAGGUUCUCUUCAUUUGAAACUUAAAGUAAUAAAAUCAACAAAAAAAAAUCUGCUUACAUACACUGUCACCUUAGCAUCAGAGUCGGAUUCAUGGACUACAGAGUGGGAAAGAUUGUGAGAGUAUUUCAGAUGGAACCUUCCUUUCUUUGUUCCUUUAUAUUUUACUUUCCCUCCAGCAGCUGUUUGUAGAAAGAUUGUUUUGCAGUUGCUGUAAGUUUUUCUCUUGCAUUUCCAUCUGUUAGACCUGAGACAGUAUCUGCAGAUACAGUGAGCUAAAAGGAAAACGGUGGGAGAAUUUUUCUUUUGUUAGAGAGAGAUCAAUGGUCGUUUUUUGGUUGUUUUUUUUUUAGUUUGCACAAACUGAUGUCAGCGUCAAGUUAUUUUAAAAUUACAGGUGUUUUUUUUAAAGCAUAUUCCAAUUUUUGGCAUAAGAUUUUAGCUACUUUUUUUUUUCCUACUCAAUCUUUUCACCUGAUUUGCUGGCUAAAAUAAAGAGAUCCGAAUUUGUGCCGAGUGCUAAAGGUUCAGUGUUGGUACAGCUUGGGCUGGCCCUUGUGCCAUAUUCUUGUUGAGGUUGAUUGGUAGCACAGAGCCCAUUAUUUCUCGUCGUUCUUGACCCAAAGAUGUCACCAUUCCGUGUUUAUUUGUGAAGUCCCAGUCACCAUAAGCUGGUGUUGAUUGGAAACUCUUCUUGAAAUAGGGCAAAACUGCUUGGCUUUUUUUUUUUUUAAUUUUAACAGAGGUAACUUAUACCCAUCACAAUAAUAAAAUAGUAGUUGUCUGUUUAGUCUUGCGUUGCUUACAAAAGGAAAGCUGUGUUUGUAAUGAUAAGCAUCCACUGAGAAACUCCUGUCGUUUCGGCUGUAAACUUUCUGUUUCUCUACUAAUAUCAUUAAGUAGAUGGGCGAUUGCAAACCUUAAUUCUUCAAGUGGCUUUCUUCAAACCCAGAACUUCCUAUGUUCAACACAGCUGCUGUGUAAAAGGAGAGGACUGCCAGCAUGUUUGUUCAUGCAUCCAGUUAUACAAUCUGCAUCUUGUGAAAAGAUUAACUGAACAGCUUGUUUUCAAAUGCCGCUUCUGGUGUUGAAACUCUUUCAACUUAGUUGAACUUUUACAUUGUGGUGUUCACGUUUUUAUCUUUCUGGGCAGCAGUACGUGUCGCCUAGUAGUACCUAGUGACUUGGGUUCCUGCUUUCUUGUAGAGGUAAGCUCUGUUUAAAACAGUGAUCUUGCUCGUCUGGUAGCAAAAAUGCUCUUCGCUGACUUAGCUCAAGGGUGCCCAAACACUUUCAUUGUCUUAAGCCAUAAGUUGAGAUCUCAAGGGCUGCAAUUAUUCUGAAUGUUAGAUACGUAUGAUUCAUUAUCAAAAAUGUCUUUAUUUUUUUUUCAUAUUGGAUAAAUUGUGGUCAAGGUGAAAUAGAUUACCCAGAGGUGUACAAGGGGAAACAAAUAGAUCCGGUGUCUUACCUUUCAGAGUAAAUUCUUCACUGGCUGCAGCUCCAUAUCUGAAACUAAAAUGUGGAGGCUGACGAUGCGGAGUAUUUUCCUUAAUUUUUUUUGGGGGGGGGGGUUGCUUAGUGGCAAUUUGGACACCCCUGACUUGAAUUUGCUGCCUACUUGAUGUAAAAGUAGCUUUAUUAUAGAAAUGUUAUAUAGAAGGAAGACAGAGUAGAUCACAUACCAGAGCUGUGCUUGAAUCAAGCUGCUUAAACAGUAGUGUACUUGUGCCUCAAAUCAGUUUUUGCACUGAGUACAGUAGUACCCCAUUAUCUUGGGUUUUUUUCUGUCUUUCACAAACCCCAGAAGUCCCAUUAGCAUGGUUCUCUGCAGUACUUUUCUUGUACUUCUGACAUUACAGUACAAUAAAGUAUGUUUUGUCCUGAA